AUGGUGUCGGCCUUGCAAGUUCGUGAUGGACUAAGGCAUGGUCACACAACGUACCUUUCGGCUUUGAUUGAGACCAAACCAGACGUAUUUUAUGAGGUACCGAAUGCUGUCGGUAAAGUGCUUGAUGAAUUCAAGGAUAUGAUGCCCCCUGAGUUGCCUAAGGAGUUGCCUCCGCGUAGACCUUGUGACCAUCGGAUUGAACUAGAACCGGGCGCUCAGCCUCAUGCACAACCUCCUUAUCGGAUGCCACCAGCCGAGCUGGCCGAAUUGAGGAAGCAGUUGGAUGAACUACUGAUCAGCCCGUUGACGGAUUUACUGAAGAAGGACAGGUGUUGGGAGUGGGACAAAGCUCAACAAGUUGCCUUUGAUUUGCUGAAGCAAGUUGUGACCCAAGAACCGAUACUGAAGUUGGCAAAGUUCGACCAGCCAUUCGAGGUACAAGUCGAUGCUUCAGAUUGUGCUAUUGGUGGGGUGUUGGUCCAAGACAAACAUCCUAUUGCUUUUGAGAGUCAGAAAUUGAAGGAUGCUGAGACCCGAUACAGUACCCAUGAGAAGGAAAUGAUGGCAAAGAAGUUGUCCCCAAAACAGGCACGGUGGCAAGAAUUCUUGGGGGAGUUUGAUUUCGAUUGGGUCCAUCGGCCGGGGAAACAUAAUGAUGUUGCUGAUGCCCUAAGUCGAAAGGCUGUGGCGUCCUAUGUGUUGGCCUUGUAUGCUGUUGAGUCCGACUUUGUUGAGAAGGUCCGUGGUGAAUCCCUUAAAGAUCCUGUCUAUGUAAAACUCGCCGAGCAAGUGGCAGCCGGUGAAGUGCGCAAGUACUGGCUAGAGGACGGCUUACUCUAUGCCAAAGGUCGAAGGAUGUAUAUUCCAUCGAGAGGAAUGAGGCGCGAGCUGCUGAAAGAUUAUCACGAUUCUCAGUGGGCUGGCCAUCCCGGUGUUGAGCGUAUGUACGCUUUGAUGAUGCGAAAGUUUUAUUGGCCAAAAAUGCUUGAUGACGUUGAGUCCUAUGUCCGGACGUGCCUUGUUUGCCAGCAAGACAAGACCGAAAAGAAGAAAGAGGCAGGCCUGUUGCAACCCUUGCCUAUUCCGGACAAGCCUUUUCAGUCACUAUCUUUGGAUUUCAUUGACGGGUUUCCAAAGGUGAAAGGUAUGGCCUCGGUGUUGGUCAUUGUUGAUCGAUUUUCAAAGUAUGGGAUAUUUAUUGCUGCUCCAGGUACAUGCUCGGUAGACCUUGCUGCUGAGUUAGUUUUCAAGCAUGUGGUGAAAUAUUUCGGUAUGCCCGAUGACAUAGUGAGUGAUCGUGACCCGCGCUUCACGGGACGAUUUUGGACGACCAUGUUCAAUUUGAUGGGGACCGAACUGAAGUUUUCCACGGCCUAUCAUCCUCAAACUGAUGGCCAAACUGAACGGAUGAAUCAGUUGCUUGAAGAAUAUCUCAGGCAUUAUGUGACCGCAAGCCAGGAUAAUUGGGUGGAAUUGUUGUAUAUGACCCAGUUUUGUUAUAAUUUGCACAAGUCCUCGGCGACUGGUAUGAGCCCUUUUGAGCUGGUUUAUGGACAGCAACCUCAACUACCGCAUGAUGUAGCGGUACAGCGGACUGGUGGGAAAUGCCCCGCGGCAUAUCGAUAUGCUCGGGCGCAACACGAACUCUUGGUAGAGGCCCGAGAUAGCCUUGCUAAGGCGCAGCGAAGAAUGAAAAAAUAUGCGGACCGCGGACGACGGGACGUGCAAUUCGCUGUCGGGGAUCUCGUGUUGCUAAAGUUGAGCCCAAAGGUUUGGAAAAGGAUCUCGGCAAAGACAGUCCAUCGUGGACUGAUUCCAAACUAUGAGGGACCAUUUGAAAUUGUGAGUAAAGUUGGGAACGUAGCAUAUAAACUCAAGUUUCCUGAUCGGUUAAAGACGGUUUCUGUCCUAGCGGUUGGGGAUGUCAACCGCAACUUGCCUGCGGGCCUAUAUAAAGGCCUUGAGCUGCACAGUCGCGCGUAA